CUUAAAGCUAUGGCUAACAAGUCUAAGCUUUUCUUGACUCAUUAUGUCACACUUAGUUGCAUUCUUAUGCUCCUAGCUAUGAUCUUGUUUUCUCAAUCUUCUGCCGCUGAUGUUCCUACAAACAUCUCUGUCUCUCCCUCCACCAUUUGCAUGUCCACUCCCUACCCUUCCUUCUGCAGAUCCGUGCUUCCGAUCACAGGAAACAUAGACGCCAAUGUCUAUGACUAUGGUCGUUUUUCAGUUCGUAAAUCCUUAUCUUCAGCUCGUAAAUUCCUGUCCCACAUCCAUAAAUACCUUCGCAAAUCCAAACAUCUAACAACCAGUGCUGUUCGUGCUCUCGAGGAUUGCCAGUUCCUAGCUGCGCUAAACAUGGACUAUCUUUCAACUUCUUUCAGAACUGUUAAUGGGACUUCCAAAAUUCUACCAAACUUGGAAGCUGACGACGUGCAAACCAUGCUCAGUGCCAUUCUAACAAACACGCAAACUUGUUUGGAUGGACUCGAGGCGACGUCUUCUGCUUGGAGUAUGAGGAAUGGUCUUAUUAAACCUCUAUCUAAUGACACAAAACUUUACAGUGUUUCAUUAGCUUUGUUCACAAAGGGAUGGGUUCCUAAGAAGAAAAAGGGAUCUAAAACUCACCCAAGCCAAAAACAACUGGUCCAAAAUGGUCACUUGCCAUUAAAAAUGUCUGCACAAAACCAAGCAAUUUUGGAGACUGUUGGCAGGAGAAAGCUGCUCCAGCAGCAAGAUGAUGACCAGGUUCUGGUGAGAGACGUUGUGAUAGUAAACCAGGACGGAAGUGGGAAUUUCAGCACCAUAACUGAUGCUGUUGCUGCUGCUCCAAACAAUUCCAUGUCCACCUCUGGCUACUUUUUAAUAUACAUUACCGCUGGUGUAUACGAGGAGUAUGUCUCCAUCGCUAAGAACAAGAAGUAUUUAAUGAUGAUUGGUGAUGGCAUCAACCAGACCAUUAUCACCGGCAAUCAUAGCUUUGUUGAUGGAUGGACAACAUUUAAUUCUUCUACGUUUUCUGUGGUUGGUCUAGGAUUUGUUGCAGUGAACAUUACUUUUCGUAACACAGCAGGAGCAAUCAAGCACCAAGCAGUUGCAGUUCGGAAUGGAGCAGACUUAUCCACCUUCUACAGCUGCAGCUUCGAGGGUUACCAAGAUACACUAUACGUACACUCUCUUAGGCAAUUCUACAGAGAGUGUGACAUCUAUGGUACUGUGGAUUUCAUAUUCGGUAAUGCUGCUGCCGUUUUUCAGAAUUGCAACUUAUACCCGCGGCUGCCAUUGGGUAAUCAGUUCAACGCAAUAACAGCACAAGGCAGAACAGAUCCAAACCAAAACACAGGUAUAUCCAUCCAAAACUGCACAAUCAAGGCAGCAGAUGACUUGGCAUUCAGCAACAGUAGCACCCAAACAUAUCUUGGUAGGCCAUGGAAAGAAUACUCGAGGACUAUUUACAUGCAAUCUUUUAUAGAUGGUUUCGUCCAUCAAUUAGGUUGGCGAGAAUGGUCAGGAGAUUUUGCGCUCAAUACAUCUUACUAUGGUGAGUUCAAUAACACUGGACCAGGAUCGGACAGUGCUGGCAGAGUAACGUGGCCUGGUGUCCACAUUAUUAACGCUACUGAUGCUGCUAACUUAACAGUAUCUGGCUUCUUACUAGGAGAUGAUUGGUUGCCUCAGACUGGAGUGCCAUACUUUAAUACCUUACUCUAACCAUGACUAGCC